AUGGCUCCUAAAUUUGAGCAGGUAUUCAAAUUGAGGGCGUUUUUGAGCAAGACGGAUUUUCUCUCCUUGGGGCCCAUCAAAGGAGGCCCACACCGCUAUAUUGCGACGGUCACUCAUGGGACAUUGGAGGGCUGUGGACUCAAAGCUCAGCUUCUCCAUGGAGGUGGGGACUGGCUGCUUUUAGACCACUCAAGUGGAGUGGCUCAUCUCGAUAUCCGCGCCCAAGCUCGGUCGGAGGGAGGGGAGUGUUUCUAUCUACACUAUCCAGGUAUCUUGAAGAUGGACGAAGCAACUCAAUUGGUUUUACAGUGGAGUCCCGAAGCCAAAACUACGCGGUCGGAGGACCACUAUUUUGUUACUACACCAGUCUUCGAGACAAGCAGUCAAGAUUUCAAAUGGAUGGAGCAAAACAUCUUCAUUGGACAUGGCCAUUGGUACAUUCCAGGUGACGGUACACAAGCGGUCGAGUAUGAGAUAUAUAAAGUGGUGUCUGCUUGA